AAAUUUUCUGUGAUAAUCAUGUGUGAAAGAAAAUCUAACUUUGUGUCUUACGACAUGGUUCACAAUCUAAGGUGCAACAAGCGAGGACCCAGAAUGAGGCACGAUAUGAAACCGAAGAAAUACUGGCCCGGAGCGAGGUUCAUGUGUGUUACCAAGAACGGAGAUCUGAAUACGGCGGCUUACUGCUUGGCGGAGGCCAUGCACGAACCGUUUCAACCAUUUCCAAUGGCCACGGUGGCGGUUCAGAGCUGCAUACGGGAGGAUUUCAUUGGCCGGGUGAGAAGUCGCUUCCGGCAGGUGAAGCCCCACGUGGCCAACCAUCCGAACUUCGAGCGAUCUCUCGCGGCCUUGAAACACGGUCCUCACCCCGUCAGCUAUGUGCUGGCCGAUGAGGCUGAUGCCCCACCUUGUGCCAGUCCCAUUUUGGUUACCGAUACGAUCACCCAUCUGUAUUUUCCCAGCGGCGCUUCGGGAGUCACCACAUUGCACUCGUUCAACACCAUGGAUGAUGUGGCGGAGAUUUUCGCAUUCGAGACCCCGAAAUUUGAUGCCAUUUACUUUUUCGACGAGGGCGUCAAGGACAUCUAUAGACUAGCGCCCUUUGUCAAGUGCACCCAUUUUUUUGUCAACUGCAUGGAUGCCUGCCUGUUGGAGAUUAUGCCGUACUUCUUGGACAAAAAGUCCAUGGUUCUGUUCAAACGGGGCUACCACUACGAGUGCCUCGAGAUGGGUGGCCAAUGGAAAAUAAUCGUGUUUCCCUAUAGCUCCACCAUCUUGCGAUCAUGUUGCUGCCCCACCGGCCAUUGUCGGUGCUACUUCACCCGCGAUUCCUGCUGCGAGAACCACUUGAAUAUAUAGUGGAGAAACGGAGAUAGUUUCGGCCAGCCUCACACCCGUAGGAUAUUUAUUUGGCGAUAAUUUCGACUGGGAACUCCAUCUUGGCAAACGAAAACUGAAGAUGCGACUUCCUCCGUCUGGAGUCGCCCCAGAAAUCCGCAGUUCCAAUGAGUAGUUUGCGACUGGCAACACAUGUGAGCCAUAAUUUUCGCGGCAGUUGCUUUUGGAUUGCAAGUAAAGUACUUCAUGGCUAAAGGAACUUAUUUGU